CUCCCUGCCUUGGGUUAUCGCCGUGCAUGGAGCUUGACGAGUUGGUCAUUUUGCGAUCGUCACACCUCCUCCGUCCCGUCUCUGUUCCAUUGACAAUAAUGUUGCCUUGGUCUCUGUUCUUCAUCUCCUUUCGUCACACCCUGUCGUUGACUGUUGACUGUUGACUGUUGAGCGUGCAACUGCACUGACUGUGGUAGUCCCUUCCUUUCGUUGCAUUCGACGCGCCUGGCUUUUGUUUUCGUGCUUGCCUCUUUGGACGCAGAUUUCCCAACAGCAGUCGUUACUCACCAUCCCAAGGUGAGGCAGUCACUCUUCCCUUAGCGACAUUCACUUGCCACCGUCUUCAUUGUCCUGUUGCAUGUACAGACACAAGCCGUGAACCGCUUUCACCGUUCACCUUGUGGUUUCAAAUUUGAGUCAUCUCUCCGUCAACAGUCACCGCAUGGGUAUCAGUCAUAAGUGCUACUUAUUCCCACAAAACCUCUCUUUUCACGGCACAGGCAGGUUAUUCCUCCAGAACGUCUUGCUCCCUCCCAGAUUAUUUCGGCCAAGCUAGCCAUAUCGGUACGACUUUUGAUCUCUGAGCUCGAUCAAGACUUUGAUCAUGGGUGCCAUCUCCCCAUUGAUCCUUCUACUCUUUUCGACACUGUAUGUCACCAUCCAGGCCCUUCCCACGAUCUCUGUGGUUGGAUCAAAGUUCUUUACAAGCGAUGGGAAUCAAUUUUUCGUCAAGGGUAUCGCGUACCAGCUGAUCGAAGAUGAUCCCCUCGUCAACACAACGCAGUGCCAGUUGGAUGCGGCACUGAUGAAAGAAUUGGGUGCAAACGCGAUCCGGGUUUACCAUGUCAAUGCAGCGGAUAACCAUGACGGAUGUAUGGCUGCCUUUGCCGAUGCUGGUAUCUAUCUCUUUGUGGAUGCCGACAGCUUCCAUACCUACGUUCGAAUGGGAACCGAAGCGUCAUGGACUCAAGAUAAAUCAAAAAGCUAUCGUGAAGUGGUGGACGCGUUCCAACAAUACCCAAAUACAGCAGGGUUCUUUAUAGGCAACGAGGUGCUUAAUAUUUUGGACGAUCAAGAUGCUGCUCCGUAUCUCUUGACCGCAGCUGUUGACCUCAAAGCGCACAUUGCCGAACAAGGUUAUCGAAAGAUUCCGAUCGGAUACUCUGCCACAGACACCGCGGUCCUUCGGCCAAUGCUUCAGUAUUAUCUGGUGUGCCGUCCUAACGUGACCGAGCGCCUCGAUUUUUACGCACUGAACAGCUACGAGUGGUGCGGCCAAUCUCAGAACUACAACACAUCAGGCUACUUUGCACUGCAGGAGGAGGCGGAGAACUAUCCAGUGCCCAUCUUCUUUUCCGAGGACGGCUGCAACACGGUGCCACCACGCACUUUCAAUGACCAGGCGGCAAUCUUUUCCGAACCCAUGGUGAGCACCUGGUCAGGGGCCAUGAUCUAUGAGUGGAUUGAAGAGUUGAACCACUAUGGUGUCGUAUCAUACGGACCUCCAUUGGAUCCAUCGGUGCAAGAUGGCGACAGAGUUAUUCAGGGGUACAAUCCAACUCAAAAGUGCGCACGUUGAGCCUUGUGGAGCUAACACGACGCAGAUUCACCCGGCAAGGUGUGCCCACGCCUCUCCAGCCAGAUUUUGGCAACCUUCAGCAGCAAUGGAAAGACGUCAAUCCCACGGGCGUGCGGUUGUCGGACUAUGCAGCAACAGUUUCAACAUCUCCACCAUCUUGUCCAACUUCAACGGCGGGAGGAUGGGUGAUUGACGGAUAUGCUCCUCUUCCAACGAUGGCGUCGGGAGCCGUCUCAGCAGUUGUCCCCUCAGGCUCCUCAGGCACCUCUCGACCUUCCAGCACUCAGGAGAACAGCAGUUCGGCGACCUCUGAAGGUUCUGCCCCACGAGCACUUGGACCAAGCCCGAGUGUACAUGGGUACGGAAUCUUAGGCAUGACGACAGCGUUGGUAGGGCUGGGUGCGGCGGUGAUCGUGUGGUUGUGAGAGUAAGACGGCAUCUGAUGGGAAUGCGGGUAUUUGUCCUUAUGGGUAGACUGGUGUUUCGAGGCGACUCCUGACGACUUACAUGAACGUGAAUAUGGCAGUAUUAGAACAAACACGACCUGAGCGACACAACCAGCCACGCUGCCAUGUCAGAUGUGUGGUAGAUGGAUUGGUCAGAUGGGUGGUUCAGGCAGUGAGUACGACACAAGGAGAUAACGGAGGUUCGGAACAUCAAUAUACUCCGAAGCUACCUUAUCUUGAACACAUCGGGGGAUCAGCCGCAGCCAGUGAGUCAUUGUAGCCUGUUGCAUGUCGAUGGCUACUUGAUGUUCCCACUACUACCCACAUAGAUCCAAAGCUUGUUACUUUGAUCCCACUGUACCAAGACACUCGCAAGACGAUCCCCAUGCUGGAUCUGAGGAUGGUGGCCUUAUUGCGAGACAUUUUUGGGUGAUCC